GCGUUAAAUGACACAACACCCAAGUUAAAUCUUGAGUCAUACUCAAGUAUUUAUAUGGGAGUUCAGGUUAUCCACGUGGAUGCUUAAUUUUCACAAAAUAGUUGUUACAAGUAAUAACAUCGUUUUAUUGUGUGUUGACUAAUUCAUUGCAAUGGCUACAGCAGUUGAAGGCCAGUUUAGUGAUGCUGAGGACGAAUUGAUAGUGACCAAACAAGGUCAGCCACUAGCAGUUUUUCAAAUAACUUCUGCAACAGAAAAGUUGCUGGUAGAAAUGGAGGACGACGAAGAAUAUGAUUCUCAAGACGAUGUUGACGAUUGGGAUGUGGAUGAUAAAGGCCACUAUCGAUCUACCAAUAAUAAGUAUCCACACACAACUCCUAACAGCCAAACAUUGAGCAAUAAGAUCUCCAAUUACCAGCCUUCUGAUAAAUUAUUCCGUCGAUAUUCUGAUAAAAUAAAUGUUGAAAAGUAUGAAGGAACAAAUCUUUCUGAUCAAGCUGUAAAUUUACUCAUUGAGAGUAAUAAACGAACGGAAAAUGAUCGCAUUCGAACCAAAGACAAGCGUGAUAGAGCUACAGCAGAGCAAGUAAUGGAUCCUAGAACUCGCAUGAUCUUAUUUAAGCUGCUGAACAAAGGUAUAAUUGCCGAAAUUAACGGAUGUAUAUCAACGGGUAAAGAGGCGAAUGUUUAUCACGCUACUUCUAAAACUGGCAUUGAAUUUGCAAUAAAAAUCUACAAAACUUCCAUAUUGGUUUUCAAGGAUAGAGACAAGUACGUUACAGGUGGAUUUCGCUUCAGACAUGGAUAUUGUCGUCACAAUCCACGUAAAAUGGUUCGUACCUGGGCAGAAAAAGAAAUGCGGAAUCUUUUGAGACUCAGUCAAGCAGGAGUUCAUGCACCAAAGCCAAUUCUAUUACGCAGUCAUGUCCUACUCAUGGAUUUUAUUGGUGAUGAUGGAUGGCCAGCACCAAAAUUGAAAGAUAUUGAAUUAAACUCGUCUAAAGCUCGGUUAUUGUAUAGAGAUUGUAUUGUUAUGAUGUGGGCCAUGUAUAACAAAUGCAAAUUAGUUCACGCCGAUCUGAGUGAAUUCAAUUUACUAUAUCACAAAGGAGAGAUUGUAGUUAUUGAUGUAUCUCAAUCCGUUGAACAUGAUCAUCCUCAUGCUUUUGAAUUCCUCAGAAAAGACUGUACUAAUAUCACAGAAUUUUUCAAGAAGCAUGGAGUUGCUGUUAUGACGCUAAAGGAAUUAUUCGACUUCAUUACUGACCCUAGUUUGCUAGAAAAAGAUGUUGACAAAUACCUAGAUGCACUAGCAGAACAGGUUGAGCUACGAGAUACACAAGGCACAGAUGUUGACCAUGAAGUAGAGGAUCAAGUUUUCAAGCAAACUUACAUACCUCGUAGGCUUAACGAAGUGAAAGAUAUUGACAAAGAUAUACGUGAAGUUGAUCCCGGGGAGCAACAUCUGCUGCAGACAACAUUGUUUGGGUUAAAAAAUAAUUCAUCUAACUCAGCGAUAUCGGAAGCCUCGACAUUUCCGUUGACCGAAGCUCAUGAGGCUACCAACGUGAUGUACGGCGAGGAAGAUUCAUCCAAUACUGAGGAAGAGUCUGAUGACGAUGAGGAUGAGGAUGACAAAUCGAAAUUCGUUAAUUCAGCGCGACCACGUGGAGAAAGUCCUGAGAGUAGAAAGGCGCGGAAAAAGGCGAUCAAAGAGCAACAGGCUGAAAAUCGUAAAACGAAGAUUAAAAAGCACGUUAAAAAGAGGAAGGAGAAAAUAUUGAAGAAAAAAUAAACAAUGAAUAUAUUCUACGCGUUUGAAUUUCUUCAACAUUUCAAUUCCGAAUCAAUUGUAAGAAGACGAUUAUAAAUCAUAUUCAUACAACCUACGCAAUAAAGUAUUUGAGGAACGAUGAUUGAAAAA